UUGAGGUCAGGAGUUCGAGACCAGCCUGGCCAACAUGGUGAAACCCCGUCUCUACUAAAAACACAAAAAUUAGCUGGGUGUGGUGGCACAUGCCUGUAAUCCCAGCUACUCGGGAGGCUGAGGUAGGAGAAUUGCUUGAUCCCGGGAGGUGGAGGUUGCGGUGAGCCGAGAUCGCGCCACCGCACUCCAGCCUGGGCGACAGAGCGAGACUCCGUCUCAAAAAAACAAAAAACAAAAAACAAAACUUCCUUUCCAACUUAAACCCAGCAGAAUGGCUCCCACAAAGAAGGGUGGAGAGAAGAAAAAGGGCCCUUCUGCCAUCAACAAGGUGGUGACCCAAGAACACACCAUCGACAUUCACAAGCGCACCCAAGGAGUGGGCUUCAAGAAGCGUGCUCCUCGGGCACUCGAAGAGAUUCGGAAAUUUGCCAUGAAGGAGACGGGAAUUCCAGAUGUGCGCAUUGACACCAGGCUCAACAAAGCUCUCUGGGCCAAAGGAAUAAGGAAUAUUCUAUACGGAAUCCAUGUGCGGUUAUCCAGAAAACGUAAUGAGGGUGAAGAUUCACCAAAUAAGCUCUAUACUUUGGUUACCUAUGUACCUGUUACCACUUUCAAAAAUCUACGGACAGUCAAUGUGGAUGAGAACUAA